AUGAGUUAUCUCAGCAUGGCCCUCAGGGUCCUUCCGAGAAGAUCACUACAGAAGACAGCCACCCCAUUUGUCACCCGUCGUUUGUGGUUGCCUUCCGCCUGCCGUUACAACUCCAGUGCCGCCCCAGCUACCACCAUCAAUAAUAAUCAACCACCACUCGAUAUCACCGACAAGGAUAUCGAUUUGACAGAAGACGUCGAUGAAUGGCUCUCAGCCAUCCAACAGCUCAGAGGCGAGUUCAGCAAUAAUGGCAAAACAUUCAAUCCAGAAACCUCGCUCGCACCACCAGGGGAAAACAACGUGUAUAUCGAAUUAAUGGAACAAACUCAAUCCAAGCCAACCGCAGCCCAGAUCGCCGAAGCCACCACCCUUAGAGCCAAAGAGGUCCCAAAGAAAAAUGACGAGUUGCUCGAACAUUGCGUAAACUUGAUGAUGAGACACGGGAAAAAGGCCAGAGCUGAAAAAUUCAUGGCCCGUGCGUUAUACCUUAUGAAAUUGAAGUUGAGAAUUGAUCCAGUGGUUGCAUUCAAAGAUAUUUUGGAAAGAAUGUCACCAUUGAUGAUUGUGAAGAAUUUCAAGAACGGGACUGCCAAAUCCACUAACAUUCCUGUCCCACUUGGUCGCCGUCAAAGACUCAGAAUCGCUUUUGGGUGGAUCUUGACCAGAGCCAGUGAAAGACCUGCCAAGGAUUUUUCCGUCAGAUUAGGUGAAGAAUUGAUCGCCGCUUACAAUGGCGAUUCCAAGGGAUUUGAAUAUAGGGCAGAAAUGCACAAAGACGCUAUUCAAUACAGAUCUUACAUCAAACUCUGA